AUGCCGUCUGCUGAAGUAUCAUCACCUUUGCCAGCAACAGAUUUAAAGCAACUUCAACUCUACGAUUUAGCCGCUCAGAUCCUCAAAGAGGCUCCGGAAAACCUCCCGUCUUUGCCCUCCCUCCCAUCUCUCCCGGCCUGCCACUUAUCUCACCACUCUCCUCGAGGCCACCUUCGAUCUGAAAAACGUUUUUGGCAGUUUAUAAUCAGUGAUACUACUACAUAUGUCACUUACGGGACAAUAAACGGCGACGAAGAGCUCCAAGAAAGAGCAACUCAAAUUAUGCGGCAUCGGUCUAUAGAGGCUGCACAAGAAUUUAUUAACGAAAAGAUUGAAGAAAGAAUUAACCAUGGCUAUGUUGGAUGGGCUGCAUGGUAA